AUGGGAGCCAUUGGGUCGGAGAGCAGUAUUGCAGAGGAUAUUGAGAGGAUAUUACCUUCAAGGAUCGCGGGCAAACAAUUCGAUGAACAUUACUCCGAAAAUAACAUGAUUUAUACGGGCACGGAUACAAACAAAUUGAAGAAUCAAUUAGCAAAACUAUUGGAAAAAAUAGCAAACACGAAUGAAGCCCAUCACUUUGCAGAAUUACACAAUUUGAUAUCAAAAAUAGAGGCAAAGCUUGAUGAGGAUGAAUUAUUAACGAUGCUAAAGAUAGUAGGAAGCGAUAAAAUUUCGUACGAUAUUCACAAAAGCACUACCAGUAUGGAACUGGAGCUACAUCUUCGAACGUAUGCUCUGGUCUUGGAAGCUUAA